UAUGAGGAAAAUAAUAUUAAAAAAUAAAAAAUGACCAAGCAACGCGUCGGCCAUCGCCCAGCGGGACAGUCAGUCGCCCGUUCGCCUUUGCCGUUUGCGCGCGUUCGUGUUUUUUAUUAUGUUUUAAGCUCCAACAAUAUUAAAGAUGCAGAGAAUAUUAUUGACGCUAGGUAUCCUGGCGCUGGUGUGGGCUGCCCCCCAGGACAUGUCUUCCGGCGACUUAGACUCAGUACUAGAACAGAUCUUCGGCAAGCCCAACCAGGGAGCGGCCACAGAAGCUAACGUCGGCAACAAGAACCAAGCCUCAACCAUCGUGCCUCCAGUAAAAAAGACUGAACCGACCAAUACCGCGUGUAAGACGGACGAUGGACUGGAUGGAGAAUGCGUCCAUUAUUAUCUCUGUAACAGCAAUAAUUCCAUCAUAACAGACGGUGUCGGUGUUAUUGAUAUAAGGGUCCAAGAGGACAAAUGCGCCUCAUAUCUGGACGUGUGCUGCAUACCUCCAGACACGAGGAAACCGGACAACCCCAUCACACCGUCUCCAGUUACACAGCCCCAGCGUGUCGGUUGCGGCUGGAGAAACCCAGAUGGCGUCGGCUUCCGCAUCACGGGAGACAAAGACGGCGAAGCGAAGUUCGGCGAGUUCCCCUGGAUGGUGGCUAUUCUUAACGUAAACUAUAUCGAUCCCAGGAUCGAGCCGGUGAACGAAGACGAUCCGGACGGUCAGAAGCUGAACGUGUACGUCGGCGGCGGCUCUUUGAUCCAUCCCAGCGUUGUGCUGACAGCGGCCCACUACGUCGCCGUCAGCAAGACGCUCAGAGUGAGAGCGGGCGAGUGGGACACGCAGACGACCAAGGAGAUAUACUCCUACCAAGAUAGAGACGUCAGCUCCACCGUCGUACAUAAGGACUUUAAUAAAAAUAACCUGUUCUACGACAUCGCGUUACUGUUUCUGUCGUCGCCGUUCGAGUCGGCGCCCAACGUGGGCUUGGUGUGUCUCCCACCUCCCCGUGUGCGCGUGCCUGGCGGUACUCCCUGUCUCGCGUCCGGCUGGGGGAAAGACAAGUUCGGAAAGGAAGGUCGCUACCAAGUCAUACUCAAGCGGGUGGAGCUGCCGGUGGUGGAGCGCCGCCAGUGCCAGAACGCACUGCGGAGCACUCGCCUGGGAAACUUCUUCGAGCUGCACAGCUCCUUCAUGUGCGCGGGCGGCGGCCCGGGGAAGGACACCUGCAAGGGCGACGGCGGCUCCCCGCUGGUCUGUCCCAUCGAGGGAGAAAAGGACCGAUACAUGCAGAGCGGUAUCGUCGCGUGGGGCAUCGGCUGCGGGGAUGACGGCACCCCCGGGGUGUACGUGGACGUCUCCAACCUGCGGGACUGGAUCGAUGACAAGAUAGCGGGCAAGGGCUUCGACCCUAAAAUCUACACCGCCUGAGAAUAAUCCUUUUAAUUUACAAGGCCCCCAGCAACAGGGGGCCUAGGCCC